UCUUGCCCGGCCUCUUCUCGCCCCAGACGGAUGUGUGUCUGAAGCGCAACGCCUCCGGCUCCGCACGCAGGAGCAGUGCCGCAGCGGCAGCGGCCAUUUCGGCGACGAGAUGCCAGGACCUGCGGACUCCACGGAGGGGGCGAGGGAGGAGAGGAGGAGGAGGAGAAGAAGAAGGAGGAGGAGCAGCAGCAGGAAGAGGAGGCUGCCCCCACCCGCGGGAGAAGCGCGCGCCCUGGGCGCCCCUGAGAGCUCAGCCGAAGAGCCGGAUCUUGGCCGGCUUCUUCUUCUUGCCUUUGCCGCCAGCCCCGCCGGCCUCGGCGCCGCCGCCCUCGAGCGCGCUGGACAGGGCCGAGUCGAUGCGGCCCCCGCGUCCUGCUGCAUCCUGGCGGCGCGGAAGGCGGCCCGCUCGCGCUCCUCCCGCUCCAGCUCGCUCCUGCGCCACGGCCUGCCGGCGCUCCGCCGCGGUGGCCCCCGCCGCGCCGCGCGGGGGCGCCGCGGCGGCCCCGGC